AUGCAUACACGAAAGUCUCUUGAUGGCCGCCUCCAGGUGUCCCACCGCAAAGGGUUGCCGCACGUCAUUUACUGCCGCUUGUGGCGCUGGCCCGACCUCCACAGCCACCACGAACUUAAGGCCAUUGAAAACUGUGAAUAUGCUUUUAAUCUUAAGAAGGAUGAAGUGUGUGUCAAUCCUUACCAUUACCAGAGAGUGGAGACUCCAGUUUUGCCUCCGGUGCUGGUGCCACGACACACUGAGAUUCUGACGGAACUCCCACCUCUGGAUGACUAUACUCAUUCCAUUCCUGAAAACACUAAUUUUCCCGCAGGAAUUGAACCCCAAAGCAAUUACAUACCAGAAACGCCGCCUCCUGGCUAUAUCAGUGAAGAUGGAGAAACAAGUGACCAGCAGUUGAACCAAAGCAUGGAUACAGGAUCGCCGGCAGAGCUGUCUCCUAGUACCCUCUCUCCUGUCAAUCACAGCCUAGACUUGCAGCCGGUCACCUAUUCGGAGCCGGCCUUUUGGUGUUCCAUAGCAUAUUACGAACUCAACCAGAGAGUGGGCGAAACGUUCCACGCAUCGCAACCUUCGCUGACCGUCGACGGCUUCACGGACCCCUCCAACUCGGAGCGAUUCUGCCUAGGGCUGCUCUCCAACGUCAACCGGAACGCCACGGUGGAAAUGACAAGACGGCACAUAGUUGUGUAA